UGCCAAAUAUUUCUUUCCUCGUCGAUGUUGCCCUCGAGUUGAAUUUGUUGUCGCCAUUUUAUAUUUAGAAGUAACUUUAGGCGCAGUUUUAAGAAGUGAAAUAUUUCCAAUCUAUUUAAUUUAGUGAUACACUGUGAUAUUUUGUAAAUAGAAGUUGAACUGAAUUUUAGAUUAUCCAAAAAUGGGUCGCAAAAAGAAGAAGAUGUCUAAGCCCUGGUGUUGGUAUUGUAAUCGAGAAUUCGAAGACGAAAAAAUCUUGAUACAGCAUCAGAAAGCAAAACAUUUCAAGUGUCACAUAUGCCAUAAGAAGUUAUAUACAGGACCUGGUUUAUCCAUUCAUUGUAUGCAAGUUCACAAAGAGACAAUUGAUAAAGUACCGAAUUCAUUACCACUUCGCUCAAAUAUAGAAAUAGAGAUAUACGGAAUGGAAGGAAUACCACCAGCAGAUUUGAAAGAACAUGAGAAGCAACGACAAGGAGGAAAUGAUUCCGGUUCUGAUGAUGAACCAACACCAAACAAAAAACUUAAACAAGAGCAUGCAUUAGGUAAUGCUCCAGGGCCUCAUCCACCCGGAAUGAUGCCUCCUGGUAUGAUGCCACCACCUGGAAUGCCUCCAGGUAUGCCCAUGAUGCCAAUGGGUCCACCGUUCAUCCAUCCAGGAAUGUCAUCAGGAAAUGAGCUUUAUUAUUACAGAAUGCCAAUGAUGCCCCCCCAUCAUAUGAUGAUGCAAGGGCAGCCAGGACCUGCAAAACCUCUAUUCCCUAGUGCAGUUCCUACUUCAUCACCUGGUGGUGCUGUUGUUGGAGCUGAUUUCAAACCGAUAACACAAGCUUCAUCUUUUACAGGGGCCACAAUUAGCGCACCUCCUACCACUAACCAAGCAGCUGGAUCUUCAACUCCCAAUAGUGAUAAGGUUACUCUUAUUACGAACACAGGAACUAGCAGUAAAAUUAUUCAUCCAGCAGAAGAUAUUUCAUUAGAAGAAAUCAGAGCUAAACGAUUGAAAUACACAAAGGUCACAGCACCAAAACCUGAAGAGCAACAUGUACCUACAUCAAGUGCUGCAGCCACUAAUUUGGCCAUAGCAGUUUCGGCUGCACAGCAGGCUGCCGUACAACAGGCCAAGCACAUUGACGCAAUGAACCAUCAAGCAGCGAUGAUGCAAAGGUUUGGUCAGCCUGUAAGGGUGUCAGGACCUCCCAUCGGUAUGAUACCUGGCGGUCCCAUCAUGUCCCCCAUGAGACCUCACAUGUUGCACGGGCCGCCCACGCUGAUAGGGGGACACUUGGUCAGGCCUCCCCCCCUCAGCAUGCCUCCAGGUAUGAUGGGUAUGCCACCAGGAUUAGUUUAUGGUACUCCGAUGUUUCCUGCUGGUCCUGUGCUAAUGCAGCCAAGGUUCAGAUGAUCCCCAAUAUACCUGGUGUAUCAACCGCAAGUCUAAUGAAAUCCUAUUGAUUGUUUUCCGAUAAUGAAUCUUCAAUUCAAUAAGCUUAAAAAUUUUUCUAAAUUAUUUAUCCUAAGACAUUUUUUGUUCUUUAAAUUGUUCUAGUUUUCCUUUCCUGGUAAUGACAUAGUUUUAUUUUGACAGGUUUUUUAACACUUAAAUACCAGCUGAAAUGGUAUGUACAGUUAUUUUUCUUUAUAUCAGAAAAAAGAGUACCGAAAACCUGCAUUUCUCAGGUUAGUGUUCUUUUUUUUUAUUUAAUUUUUUUUUAAGAGACGUAAUUGCAAAGAAUCUGAAAAUUUUUUAGUCGAAUUGUGAUCAAUAUCUGGUCGCUCAACUGACGUUAUCUUGUAAAUUUAUAUUCUACUCCAUAAUUUUUUCGGAGGUUGAGCUUCGUUUAUUGAUUGCAUUUUGACAUAAUCGAUAAUAUUCAAAUUAAGUCAUAGGAAAGAUAAGUAUAGACAUAUUUCUAAAAACAUUCAAUUGAUGCUCUUUCCCUCCAAACUUUCAAAUAAUAGAUAGGCUAAUAAUGUAUUGUACAAUUCUUCAUUUGGUCAUUUUACUCAGGUUUGUACAUUUUUCAAUAUUUAUGGAUAUCGGAAGGUAAGCAAGCUCUUCUUGGAAUAAGUGUAUAUUAUUGAUACUUUCCAAUGGGCUGCCCAUAAUAUCUUCGUUAUUGUAUUUCUGAUAGAAAGGUAGGUCUAUUUAGACUAUUGAAAUUAUAACUAACUGCAAAACCACCAAUAUGAUAGUAACGAUUCAAAACUUUUUCAUAACCAAUUACAUGUCAAUACUUUGAAUUUUUUUCUGGAAACCUAAAAUAAUUUUUUUCUCUCUAUUCUCCCACUGGUGUAUGGUUUACACGUGUUUCCUGCUUUCAUACAGCGUGUUUCACCAUAAACGGAACAAAUAUAUAUAAACGUGUAGUUGAGAUCAGGAAAAUCAGGAGAAACGUAGUUUCCUCAUCAUAUGUACCCCGUUUUGAAACAUAAGCUAGAUAUUGAUAAAUUAUUUUAAACAACUUGUAUGUUGCUUACAUUUUGAGAUACAUAAUAAAUAUAUGUUAUAUCGCUUAUGCUUCGAAAUGUAUAUAUCAUAAGGUAAAAAUGUUUCUUUCAAUCUCAUCUACAGGAAGGAUAUAUUUGUCCAGUUUAUGGUGAAACACCCUGUGUAUUGAAAAGUGCAUGGUAAUGACUCUUGAUGCCAGUAAAUAUAUAAAGGGAAAUUAUCGGAUCACUUGGGUUAAUUAUUAGGGCAGGUGAUAUCCGUCACAGUGAAUGAUGCACUGUUGGACUGAACAAACCCCCUGUCUUGUCUUACAUCAUUAAAGGGAUGACGAUUUUUCCUCUACUGGUAUACCAUGCAAUCGAAAAUGAAAGAAAAAUAUGUUCUUAAUAUUUCAUUACAACCUGAAUAGUUCUACUUUUUGACUAAUUAUUUUCAUUUUUAUUUAAUGACGUAAGAUUAAGACAGGUGAUUUUUCCUGUCACAGCAAACUUGUCAAGUCAAAAUGUAAAAAUUCCCAUGCUGUUGGGUCUUCAGUCCCCUGCCAGUCGAAUCAUGUGGCUUAAAACAGGCGAUUGUUUUGGUGUAUAUACCAAUCCAAUCACAGGAUUGAACGAUACCAUCCUGUUGGAACAGGUGUCCAAACUUUUUUUUUUUAUCAUGUAAUUGAAUCGUUGUAUGUUUGGUCAUUUGUUCCCUUGUUCUCAUUGCUAUAUAUGUAAGUAGAAAUUCAGAAUGUAUUAAAUAUCUGUUUGUACAAAUAAAGAUUUAUUUGGAA